AUGCCGAGCAUGGUGGACCUCGAUGCGCCCGACGAGCGCUUCCCCAAGUGGCGCCAGGCUCGUGGCUGCAUGGUGGAGUUGGCGCCCGGGGAGGCCCUGUACAUCCCGCCGUACUGGUGGCACCACGUGCAGUCCCUCACAGCGGAGACCACCUCGAUGGCGAUGUGGUUCUUUGAGCACUUCCCGUUGAGCUCUGGCGUGUGCUUUGGUGUUGGCCCGCAAGCAGCAGACAUCGUGCUGAUGCGAGAUGUGGAGGAGUUCCUGGGCAAACACUUCCCAGAUGCGCCCGGGGAGGAAGACUCCACCAAAGCAAGGCCGGUGAAGGCCGCCCAAGUCGCCGGCUUCGUGCGGUGGCUGCUGCCACGCCUGCGCCUGGAAGCGUCGAUGCCGGAGGCGCCAGAGGGCAUGCUUCUGGCGGAGGCGGAGGCACUUGAGGCGAAGGUGCUGAAGCUCGCGGAGGGCAGGCGUGAGAAGCUGCUGGCUCUUCUGGAGCGCCGGUUCUGA